AUGUACACUAAAUCAGCUGUGAAGAAGGCGUGGCCUCAGUGACGUAGCAGGAAGCGUUCUCCACGCGGUGCUUCACGGUGUGUUGAUGAUGUCAUCAGCAGAGGACCAGCUGUGUUUGAACAUCAGCAGCAGUUUCUCCUCCUCUUCAUCGGCUCGGAGGAAGCCAGUGAGUGCUCAGCAGAGAUGGGCCAGAAAGAAGCAGAGAGCAGAGGAGAGGAAGCUCGGCUCCAUAGAGGAGGAGAGGAAGAGGAGCUUCAAACAGAGGAGAGUGCAGCCCAGUGAGGAGGAGGAGGAGGAGGAGGAGGAGGAGGAGGCUCAGUCGGCAGACAGGAGGACACCACAGAGGAAGAAGGAUGGAGGCGCCAUCAAGACUUCCUCUCUGUUCAAACACAACCCGGAGAUCCCAGAGAUCCACAGAGCCGCCGUCUCUCAGGUGAAGGAGCAGAUCUUCACCACGGACUCCUUCUCAGACCUGGACCUGCACCCUCACCUGGUGGCGACACUGAACAAAGUCCUGAAUGUUUCCACAGUGACCAGUGUUCAGAAACAGACGAUUCCAGUACUUCUGUCGGGACGAGACGCUGUGGUUCGCUCUCAGACGGGAUCAGGUAAGACCCUGUCUUACGCCAUCCCUGUGGUCCAGAGUCUUCAGGCGGUUCAGCAGAAGGUCAGCAGGUCUGAUGGUCCUCUGGCUGUCGUCAUCGUCCCCACCAGAGAGCUGGCCCAGCAGACGUUUCAGACCUUCCAGAAGCUCCUGAAGCCGUUUACCUGGAUCGUCCCAGGUGUGCUGAUGGGAGGAGAGAAGAGGAAAGCAGAGAAGGCCAGGCUUCGUAAAGGCAUUAACAUCCUGGUAUCGACUCCGGGCCGUCUGGUGGAUCACAUCAGGAACACUCUGAGUAUCGCCUUCAGUGGCGUCCGCUGGCUGAUUCUGGACGAGGCCGACCGGACGUUGGACCUGGGCUUCGAGAAGGAUCUGACCGUCAUAUUAAACAGUCUGAACUCGACGGGUCCGAGCAGACAGAACGUGUUGCUGUCGGCGACGCUCACUCACGGUGUGACCCGGUUAGCAGAUGUUUGUCUCAACGACCCAGUCAGCAUCCACGUGUCUGGCCCCGCCUCCUCUGACCUCACCAGCAGCUCCGCUGUGACCUCUGACCCCGGCGCAGCCAGCCAGUUGGAGAGCUUCACUGUGCCAGAGGCUCUGAAGCAGUUUGUGGUGGUGGUUCCCAGUAAGAUCAGACUGGUUUGUCUGGCUGCUUUCAUACUGGACAAAUGCAAGUUUUCUCAGAACAACAAACUCAUCGUCUUCGUCUCGAGCUGCGAGGCCGUCGAGUUCCUCCACACUCUGUUCACCGCCGUCCUCGCGGGGCCCUCGGCCAAUCCUCAGCUCAGCUUCCUGCGUCUCCAUGGCAACAUGAAGCAGGAGGAGCGCUCGGAGGUCUUCCAGCAGUUUUCAGUGUCUCCGUCUGGAGUGCUGCUCUGUACGGAUGUCGCAGCCAGAGGACUCGACCUUCCUCAGGUCACCUGGAUCGUUCAGUACACUCCUCCGACGGCGGCGACAGAGUACGUUCACCGCGUCGGUCGCACGGCUCGUAUCGGAGGAAGAGGAAGCAGCCUCAUCUUCCUCACCCCGGCUGAGACCGGCUUCAUCAACGAGCUGGCCAAUCACAACAUCAGCCUGUCAGACAUGAAGCUGCAGGACAUCCUGUCCAGUCUGAUGCAGGACGACACCUACAGGGGGCGGGGCAAGUACCACAGCAAGACGUCGUCCAGAGCUCUGGAGCAGGAGACCAGAGAGCGAGCGACAGUCCUGCAGACGGAGUUUGAGAACUUUGUCCACGCAGACGUUCAGUCGGUUCAGGCUGCUAAGAAAGCGCUGCAGUCCUUCCUGCGGGCGUACACCACCUACCCCGCCCACCUCAAACACGUCUUCCACAUCCGCUCCCUCCACCUGGGACACGCCGCCAAGAGCUUUGGCCUCAGAGACGCUCCGCAGGGCCUGAGCGCCACCAAGGGCCCCUCGGGACCCGGGUCCAGGAUCCACAACAAGAACCAGAACCAGAACCAGGCCAGGAGUCCGCUCAACAACCAGAAGAAGGCGUCCAGCAGCCGAGCUGGAGAGAAGAGGUUCUCUGCCGGGCAGCGAGAGGUCCGUCUGUCCCGCUUCGAGUUCUCCAACGGGUUGGAGGGAGGAGACGCCAAGAAGAAGAAGAAGAAGAAGAAGAAGACAUUUGAUGCGUCAGGAGAAGAAGAGGAGGAGGAGGAGUAAUGAAGAGGAAGAGGAGUAAUGAGGAAGAGGAGCAGGUGACUCCUCACUGUCAGUAAACUGUACAGGACUAUUAUAGGAUGUCUGCAGGUCCUGAUAAUGUCAGACUGUGUUCAGACUCAUUUUAGGGACGUGAUUCACAAACAGUCCUGAAGACGCGUCGGCGUGGAGGUCGACUAGCUUCCUGCUGACCUCUGAACUGGUGUCUCUUUUUUCACACUGUGAGGAACUCUUUAUCCUCUUUAUCUUCUUUAUCUUCUUUAUCUUCCUUCUGUUCAUUAAAGCUGGACCUUUUUCUAACCAA